GACAGAAGACAUACACACACACACACACUCAGGACAGCUCGACAGAGGGGAUACACACACACACACACAGGAGGACCUGAGCACCUGAUGAAGGUUGCCAUGACUACGCAGUGAUGUCAGAGGUCAUCAUUCAGAAGUUCUCCUUCCCCUUCUCCUGCUCCUCACGCCCCUGCCAGUCAGAGGCCACACCCACCAAGAGCCCCGCUCUUCCAACGGUCCCGUCCCACAGCCCCUCCCAGGAGGAGAGACUGAACCACAGGUCCCUUCUGGACCCAGCACAGCUGUCCCAACCCAGAACGACUGGAGGACUCCAGAAUGGGACUCCAGACGGGUCCGAGGCUGCCCCUGCAGAGGGUGGGCUGCCCCCUCCCAGUAGCCAGCCGCCCCAGCUGGUCCCUCGAGGCAGCUCCCCCAGACCAGGGGUGCUGGAGCCCCAGGCUGAGGGAGCGGAGGACCAGCGGCCGGCAGCCAAGAGACAGCUGUCCUCGGAGAGCAGCGCCAGGACCGUGGGCGUGCUGAAGAAGACAGCCCUGAGGAAGGCUGGUGAGGCUAGGCCGGGGCCUCCGCCCGGGGCCAGAGGCCUGCAGGGCCCAGAGGGGGGCAUCUGCAGGGGGCGACGCAAGGACCUGGGCCCCAGAACAGGGGCGUUCCUCAGGGUGGACGCGCACGCCUUCCAGGCAGGAAUGGAGCUGAAGGAGCAGUGUGUGUGUUCCGUGGCCACAAUCGCUCGAAGCGUCACUCAGGGAGGCUGGGGGGAGCUGGAGAGAUUGCGUGCCAUCUGGGUCUGGCUGUGCCACAACAUCGAGUACGACCUGAGUGGCUACCUGGGUCAGACGGAGAAGCUGUGCUCCCCGGAGGAGGUGGUGGCAGCCGGCCGGGCCGUGUGUGGAGGCUACGCCAGCCUCUGCCUGGCCCUGUGCAGGGAGGUGGGUGUGCAGUGCCAGCAGGUGCCAGGCUUCAGUAAGGGCAUCGGUCACCAGCAGGGCCGCAGCCUGCGAGGGACACGCUCCGACCACAUGUGGAACGCCGUGCAGCUGAGGGGGCGCUGGUUCCUGCUGGACGCGUGCUGGGGGGCCGGCCGCGUCGACAUGGACACCAAGACCUUCAUCAAGAGGAUGGAUGAUUUCUACUUCCUGACGGAGCCCGAGGAUUUCAUCGGCUCCCACUUCCCCGACGAGCAGUGCUGGCAGCUGCUGGACGUCCCCCUCGCCCUGGAGGAGUUUGAGAGGAGCGUCUUCAGGACCUCCCGCUUCUACACCCUGGGCCUCAGUCUGCCCCACCCCCGGCACGCUCUCAUCCUCACGGAGGAGGGCGAGGCCUGGGUGAGCGUGGGCUCCAAGCGGCCCGUGAGCUUCACCUACGAGGUGGCUCCGCUGGGCGGCCGGGACGAGGGCACUGCUGGGCUGCAGCAGGGCGCUGGGGAGGCCCCCGAGGAGGCCAGCUGGGGCCUGCUGACGGUGACCCCCCGGGGGAUGAAGCUGCACCUUCUGCCCCCUGCCAGCGGGACGUACGGGGUGAAGCUCUUCGCCCGGCCCGCCGACGCCGCCACCGACGCCCCCUUCCUCUGGGUGUGCUCCUUCACCCUGCAGUGCCCCGUGGCCAGGGCUCGCGAGGAGAUCCCAGACAACCCCUUCCUGUCCUGGGGCCUGCAGCCCUCCGCUGGGGCUCUGGGGGUGGAGGCCUGCAGCCAGGGCAGCCAGGUGGCUGAGGUGGAGGAGGGGCGCCUAGAGCUGGUGCUGCAGACCUCCAGGCCCCUCAUGCUGCUGUGGGAGCUGGCCCACCCCGGGCUGGAGCCGGCGCUGAGCCGACGCUGCCUGGCCGCCCAGGUGGAGCCCCGGCGCCUCACCUGCCACCUGCUCUGCCCUCGUACCGGCUUCUACCGCCUCUCCUUGUUCCUGCGCGACUACGACAAGACGGACGGGGAGUUCCAGAACGCCGGCAACUUCCUGCUGCACUGCGCCCGCGGGGCAGUCGGCCUCGACGAGAUGUUCCCCCCGAGCCUGUCGUCCUGCUGCGGGCCGGGCACGCGCACGCUGGCGGCCGGCCUCUCCAGGUUCAGCCACGCGGGGGCGCUGCUGAGCACACAGAAGGGGAGGUGCAACCUCACCUUCCACACUCGGGCAGAUCUGGAGCUGCACGCCACCCUGAGCCGAGAGGAGAGCCCGCCCCCGGCCGCGGCCCCGCCGCUGAGCCGUCAUCUCCUCUGCACCUACACAGACAGCAAGGUGACGCUGAGCGCCAGCCUGCCCCGACCCGGGGUCUACCGGCUGGGGCUGUACGCCAGGGACAGCCCUGAGGGAGACUUCCGCCCCCUGUGUGACUUUGUCCUGAAGAACGGCAGCCAGCAGCCCGGCCCGCCCUUCCCCUGCGUGUACGCCGCCUGGAGGAGGGGCUGCGUGCUCCUGGAGCCGCGGUCCGGACGGCUGGAGGAGGCCCCCGGGUCCUGGGUCCGCUUCAGGGUGAAGGUGCCCGGGGCGCGGCGGGUGGCCGUGCUGGGAGGGGAAGGCCCGGCGGAGCUGAAGCAGAACAGGAGCCGGGUGUGGGAGGGGGAGGCGCUCGCGGGGAGCGGCCAAUCGCAGCUCAGGCUGGUCGCCGUCACAGGGGAAUCGGAGGAUCUGGCAGUCUUACUGACCUUCGACCUCCAGCAGCAGCAGAAGGAGGAUGGAUGAGAAGGGGGCUGGACGACAGGAGACUCACACGCACUCUCGUGGCAUCAUGUAUCGUGUGUGUGGUUUGGAAAAAAUUGGGGCGGUUUUCAAAUGUUUUUUUCAAUAAACAUCCAAACGUGAGAAGUU